UAAUUCAAUUUUCCACAACUUGGAUUUCAAUUCAAGCGCUUGGCUUCUCUUCAGAUUCUCUCAAUUUCACAAUCUCUGCACCUGCUAGCUGCCCAAUAAUUCAAUCAAUCAACAAUUCGAUUCAUCUCAACACAAUUCAACAAUUUGAUUCUUGUUCUUGUUCAUCAACAAUCACCAUGAUGCAAAUCAGCUCCACCAUGCCCGCUCACAACCUUCAAAAGUUUCAAGGACUUAGAUGCCCCAGCUUCAGGUGCAGCAGAGCCUCUCCCCUCAAACCUUCCACCAUGAAACGCCCCAUAACCUUCUCUUCCCUCCAUGUCCAGAACCCCACCACCGAUUCCACUCGUUUGCACCUCGCAAACCUCGACAAGAUCCUCGGCAACCAGAAGCCGAUGUUAUCCACACAGCACCACCAACCCCCACCACAACCCAUUGAGUCAAAAGACAAGAAGGGAAGGAGCUUUUUUGACAACCUCAACCUGGCUCGCCUCUGGCCGGAGAUGAAAGGCGCAGCGGAGGAAAUGUCCCCGCACCACCUCAACCGCCUCCAGCGCCUCCUCUCCAUGACGUCGGAGUAUUCCCCGAGAAACAUCCUCAGCGGCCGGUGGAAGGAGUACCACGGCAGCAACAACUGGAAAGGGAUGCUUGAUCCCCUCGACGAGAAUCUUCGCCGAGAGGUCGUCAGGUACGGCGAGUUCGUACAGGCGGCGUACCAAGCCUUCCAUGCUGACCCUGCCAUGUCCACGACAGAGGCCCCACACCCCCGCCAUGUCCCGCUGCCAGACGCGUCCUAUACUGUGACCAAGUCCCUCUACGCCACGUCAUCAAUUGGGUUGCCUAACUGGGUUGAUGAAGUGGCACCGGAUCUCGGGUGGAUGACCCAGCGAUCCAGCUGGGUCGGGUACGUCGCGGUUUGCGAGGAUAAGAGAGAGAUCGCGAGGCUCGGACGGAGGGACAUCGUGAUAUCCCUCCGCGGAACCUCCACGUGUCUUGAAUGGGCCGAGAAUCUUAGGGCCCAAUUGAUCGAUAUUGGCGGUGAAGGCGAACAUGACAAUUCCACGGCCCAUGGAAAGCCCAAAGCAGAGUGUGGGUUUUUGAGCCUGUAUAAGACCAAAGGCGCACACGUGCAAAGCCUAUCUGAAUCAGUAGUGGAAGAAAUUAGGCGUCUUGUUAAUCUCUACAAAGGUGAGGAACUCAGCAUAACCGUCACAGGCCACAGCCUGGGUGCCACUCUAGCAUUACUAGUGGCUGAUGAUAUAAGCACUUGUUGCCCAGAUGUCCCACCGGUGGCAGUUUUCUCCUUCGGUGGGCCUCGGGUGGGCAACAAGGCCUUCGGGGACCGCCUCAUGGCGAAGAAUGUCAAAGUUUUGCGAAUUGUGAACUCGCAAGAUGUGAUCACAAGGGUGCCUGGGAAUUUUCUCAGCGAGGAGGUUGAAGAGAAGAUCAGGAAGUCAAAUGUGGGUGGUGGUGUGUUGAGCAUGCUGGAAGAGAACACGCCGCUGGGUGCGUACUCGCAUGUGGGAGCGGAGUUGCGGGUGCACACGAAGAUGUCACCGUACUUGAAGCCUGAUGCUGACAUGGCGUGCUGCCAUGACUUGGAGGCUUACCUUCAUCUGGUGGAUGGGUUUUUGGCUUCUAAUUGUCCCUUCCGAGCAAAUGCAAAGAGGAGCUUGAAAAGGUUAAUGCAAGACCAGAGCUCUAAUGUGAAGAAGUUGUAUACAAGCAGGGCAAAGGCCUUAACUGUGAAUCUUAGUAAUCAGGGAUCCAUGUCUAUGUCUAGAUCCAUGUCUAUUUCUACUCGUUUACCUAGUCCAUCUUAAUAUAUAAAACUCAAAAUUGUGAAUAUACACAAUGUCUUUUACAGUAUACACUAUGUGUUAUGCUUGUCUUUUACUCCCCCAGUUUACUGCACAAGUUAUCAAGCAUUCAAGCUCCAAGUUCUAAGGACUUGUAUGAUGACUUGAAAUUCUAUCUAUCAUGUCCUCUUUCUUCCUUACCUUGUGUCAUCUCCUCUAAACUCUUUCCAUGUUUUUUAUUCCAUUUCCUUUUUCUUCAGUUUUAGUUUAUCAUCUCUUUUUCCAGUACCCUCUCUUCCUUUUAACCUCUCAAUCAGACUAUCAUCUCAAUCUCUAAGCCUUUUGUUAUGUGAUUGAUCUUUCUCGUAGUAGUCCUGGCAUAGUAGUACGUGGAUCCCUGAAUAUAGGAGAUUCAAAGAAAAAAUGAAUUGCGAGAUAGCGAAGAAUGUCUCAAGUGUGAUUGAAAAUGGUUUUUCUUGGAUUUUUUUUAUUUGCUUAUCUUAUGUUAUGAUGUUUUGUGAAGUUGUGAAUUUGAAGCAAAUAUUACAGUGUUUUAUUCUUA